GUCUUAAUACCUAUAGAUACCUAACGUAAAGUUUACAAAAAACAGUUAGUGUAUUGAAUGUGAAGAUGGCUAUCGUACGAGUAUUUACUGUGAUUUUCCUUGUGAUUGCUACAGUCAGUCAGUCUCGAAUGGCUGUUGCCGAUUGCGAUGCAGUGCCAAUAGAAAAGUGGGGUGGGAGUCCCUUAAAUAGGUCUAAGGAUCUGGAAAAACCUGUGAGGAUUGCCGUUAUACAGCACACGGUUACUCCAGAGUGCACAGCUGAUGCCGAGUGUGAAGAAGCAGUUAGAAAAAUUAGGGAGAUGCAAACCAAACAUGGCUUCGAUGAUAUUGCGCAGUCAUUCGUUAUUGGUGGGAACGGGAAAGUGUACGAGGGAGCUGGGUGGAAAGUCGGAGCACACACUUUGAGAUGGAACGACAAAUCCGUCAGCAUCUCUUUUAUCGGAGAUUUUAGAGAUAAAUUGCCAACACCCCAAGCUUUGAAAGCCGCACAAGACUUCCUCGCUUGUUCUGUAAAUAACAAGAACUUAGAUGAAAAAUACCACCUGGUUGGGCACCUUCAACUCUCCGCAACACUGAGUCCUGGAGCCACGCUGCAAAGUCAUAUCGAAACUUGGCCGCACUGGUUAAGUGAUAUCAGCGGAAUUGACAGGUUAUUAACUCUGUAUCUCCGUUGGUCAGUCUAUUUUACGAAGUUCGACUGGUGUGAGCUGAAGUGCAUAAUGAUUUUAGUUUUUUUUAUAGCUUUAGGUUUAGUUCAGUGGAGUCGUGUGGAAGCCGAAUGUGACGUAGUGAGCAAGAAGAAAUGGGACGGUUUGAAUCCUAUUCAUGUGGAAUAUCUCCCAAGACCAGUGGACUUGGUCAUUAUACAGCACAGCGUUACAGCUGGAUGCAGCACCGAUGCGGCAUGUGAAGAGCUGGUCCGAAAUAUCCAGGACUACCAUAUGGAUCAGCUGAAGUUCUGGGAUAUUGGAAUGUCGUUCAUGGUAGGCGGUAACGGCAAGGUGUAUGAAGGCAGUGGCUGGUUGCGCGUGGGAGCCCACACCUAUGGUUAUAACAGGAGAUCUAUCGGCAUAUCCUUUCUUGGGAACUAUAAUAACGAUGAACCUAAGCCUGAACAGCUCGAAGCAGUGAAGAAUCUUAUCAAAUGCGGUGUGGAGAAAGGUCACUUAUCACCGGACUAUCAUUUAGUGGGGCACAAACAGCUGAUCAGCACGGAGAGCCCUGGACGGAAACUGUACAGAGAGAUCAGGACUUGGCCUCACUUCUUGGAAGAUGCUUCAAGUAUAACGACUGGAUCAUAAAAGUUAAUUCGGUCUGACUAUAGUUGUUUCUUCUUUUUCUAUUUACCUUGAAGCUAAGUAAAAUUAAAGUUAUAUCUUCUUG